ACACUACUAAAAGGUCCACAAAGCCCACGCAGAGAGAAAAAGAAAGGCACUAUAACGGCCGAAACAACUAAUUAUGAACAUAUAAUGUUGUAUAAUCAUGAUUAACAAGUCAAGUUGCACACGGCGCCGUAACUAGCUCCCCGUGAUCCUUAUAAAAGAGAGCCACUUCCCGUCCCAUUCUUGCACAUAAAACCCACUUCAAAUAAUAUAUACUAGUAAUCCCUCUCCGCUAAAACCCCUCAUUGGCAAACAUCAAAACAAUGAACUGCUUGCAGACAUGGCCCGAACCAAUUGUCCGAGUCCAAUCCCUAGCAGAAAGUGGCAUAAGAAAACUCCCAAAUCGCUACAUCAAACCCCACAACGAAAGGCCCCAACUCACGCUACUCAAUCCGCAAGACGACAUCAACGUCCCGGUCAUUAGCCUGCAGGACUUGUUCUCCGGGAACGAGAGCCUCCGCGAGGCGACGCUGGCCUCCAUAUCGAGCGCCUGCCGAGAGUGGGGUUUUUUUCAGGUGGUGAACCACGGCGUGGACCCCGAGUUGAUGAAGCGGGCCAGGGACACGUGGCGGGAGUUCUUUGAGCAGCCGCUGGAGGAGAAGCAGCGGUACGCCAACUCGCCGGAUACCUACGAAGGGUACGGGAGCCGCCUCGGUGUUGAGAAGGCGGCGCUGUUGGAUUGGAGCGACUACUUCUUUCUUCAUUACAUGCCUCCGUCCCUCAGGAAGCAGGAGAAGUGGCCUUCAAUCCCUAAUUCAUGCAGGAAUUUAAUCACAGAAUAUGGAAAUGAAGUGGUAAGAUUAUGUGGGACAUUGAUGAAGAUUUUGUCUAUAAACCUCGGCCUAGAAGAGGACCAACUUCAGAAUGCUUUUGGAGGAGAGAACAAUGAUAUUGGAGCUUGCUUAAGGGUGAAUUUCUACCCUAAAUGCCCUCAACCAGACCUUACCCUAGGGCUCUCCUCGCACUCGGACCCCGGUGGCAUCACAGUUCUCCUGCCCGAUGAAAACGUGCCUGGUCUCCAAGUACGUAAGGGCAAUAACUGGAUCACUGUUAAGCCUGCUCCAAAUUCGUUCAUAGUCAACAUUGGAGAUCAAAUUCAGGUGCUAAGCAAUGCAAUCUACAAGAGUGUAGAGCACCGGGUGAUCGCAAAUUCAGUGAAAGGCCGCGUAUCAUUGGCGCUCUUUUAUAACCCCAAGAGUGAUUUUGUAAUUGAACCAAUGAAGCAACUUAUUACAAAAGACCGGCCUGCACUGUACCCCGCCAUGACUUUCGACGAGUACAGACUCUAUGUUAGGACGAAGGGUCCUUGUGGCAAAUCACAACUUGAAUCCUUAAAAUCCUUGAGAUAAUGAUAAAUCAACUAAAUGAUUCCCCUACAAUAUUAUCAGUUGUACUACUAAAAAAACCACAUAUGGAGAAGUUGUUUGACAAAAUAAAGAGUACUAUUUAGUCAAGGGGACAACUUUGAAUGGCCUAGAACUACUUUUUCAAUCUUUUCUUUUUUUAUUUAAGGUACCUUUUCACUCAAAAAAACUACUUUUGUUUGCCUCUACCAGUUAAGGCAAUAAGUAGAAUCAUGCAUGGAAUCAGUAGUACAAUGUGAUUGAACUCAUUUCCCCAAUUCCAUGUGAAGUUGUUGCAUUUCUUGCCUAUUUGUCAGUUUGAUCGUGAAAGUGAAAUGAAUUUUGUGAUGGGAAUCGACCA